AUGGAGGUGGAGAGUGAAACAACACAAAACGACUGGAUAGGCUCGUACUAUGCUAGACGAAUUGAGGACAAACAAAGAGAGGUGAACGAGAAGCGCCAGGAGAUGGAGCGUCUGGAGAAACAACGCAAUCAACUGAAUGCGGAGGUACGUGGCCUCCAAGAUGAAAUUCGCAGACUGCUGGCCCCCAGCUGGUCGAUCGCUCAAAUAAUCAAAGUGGUAAAGAUGGACGGCAAAAACAAGGCAAUCGUGAAAGACGGAAUGAUGGACUCCGACUGCGUCGUCGACAUAGACGAAACCAUCCCCAUCGACCAAUUAAAGCCGAACACCCGCGUCGCCCUGCACGCCCACUCCCAAAAAGUCGCCAAGAUCAUGCCUUCGAAAGUGGACCCGAUCGUCAGUCUGAUGAAAGUGGAGAAGGUCCCAGACAGCACCUACGACAUGUGCGGCGGCCUGGACAAGCAAAUCGCGGAAAUCAAAGAAGUGAUCGAGCUUCCCUUCAAGCACCCCGAGCUGUUCGAAGCGCUGGGCGUGCAGCAGCCGAAGGGCGUUUUGCUCUACGGCCCGCCCGGCACGGGAAAAACGCUCCUCGCGCGCGCCGUCGCGCACCACACGGACUGCUCGUUCAUCCGGCUGAGCGGGUCGGAGCUGGUGCAGAAGUACAUCGGCGAGGGCGCGCGCAUGGUGCGCGAGCUGUUCGUGAGCGCGCGCGAGCACGAGCCGUGCUUGAUCUUCAUGGACGAGAUCGACAGCAUCGGAAGCACGCGGCGCGAAAGUCGAGGCGGAGAGAACGAGGUGCAGCGCACGAUGAUGGAGCUGCUGAACCAGCUGGACGGGUUCGAGCCGUCGAACCGCAUCAAAAUCAUCAUGGCGACCAAUCGGAUCGAUAUUUUGGAUCCCGCGCUGCUGCGACCCGGACGCAUCGAUCGCAAAAUCGAGCUGCCCAACCCGAACGAGGCGGGACGGCUGCAGAUUCUGCAGAUUCACAGUCGGCGGAUGAAUUUGAUGCGCGGGAUCGAUCUGCGGAAGAUCGCAGGAAUGCUCACCGAUGCCAGUGGCGCGGAGUGCAAGGCGGUGUGCACGGAGGCCGGAAUGUUCGCCAUUCGGGAGAAGCGGAUGCAUGUCACACAGGAGGACUUUGAGAUGGCGGUGGUGAAGGUGACGAAGAGAGAUAGUGAUGCGAAUACGUCGUUGCGUAAAUUGUGGAAGUAG